ACAAUACAUAAGUUACACGUUUAACACAACGGGACAUAAUGUAGGGAGAUAACAACAGCUAAAACGAGUGUUUAUUUGUCAAAUAACGAUGUCAUCUUGUAGACUUGUGGAUAUCAGAACGUAUGUGUUAAAAACAGGAACUCAAUGUUUGAGUUUUAGCGGUUGGAGAAGCGAGACAAAAGUUAUUGUUAGUUAUAGUUUACUUGAAUAAUUUAUACAUCUGGACUGGACCUGCAGCCAAUCUCAUUACUUGAAAGUGCAACAGGUUGGAAGAUGGUGUCGUGGAUUAUAUCUAGGGUCAUCGUUCUUGUGUUUGGAACGCUGUAUCCUGCAUACUACUCCUUUAAAGCUGUCAAAUCCAAGAACGUCAAAGAAUAUGUGCGAUGGAUGAUGUACUGGAUUGUGUUUGCACUUUACACAGUGGUGGAGACCAUCACAGACCUUUCUUUGGCUUGGUUUCCAGUUUACUACGAACUGAAAAUGGCUUUCGUCUUUUGGUUGCUGUCUCCCUACACCAGAGGAGCCAGUGUUCUCUACAGGAAGUUCCUACACCCUAUGCUGGCAUCCAAGGAAAGGGAUAUUGAUGACUAUAUUGUCCAGGCCAGAGAUAAGAGUUAUGAGACGAUGGUGAAUUUCGGGCGUCAGGGUCUCACUAUCGCGGCUGCUGCUGCUGUAUCUGCUGCUGUGAAGGGACAGGGUGCCAUCAGUGAACGUCUGAGGAGUUUCAGUAUUCCAGACCUGACGCAGAUCCCCUCUGAGCAGUCAGCCUUCUCCAACCCCAGCCGACGACGGGCCCUUCAUCCUGCUAACCCCAGCGCUGUCGAUUCUGAGCCAUAUACUCAAGCUGGGGAGGGGCAUGAGGAGGAAACAGAUGGAGUAUUCUCUGACGACGAGGCGUCAGUGCAGAAGGGCCUGCGCAGAUCUCAGAGUGUCAAACUCACCCGUGCCAAAGCAGCACGCAAAGAGCCUCGCUAUGGCUCUCUGAAGCUGAAACCCCGAAGGCGGCAAUUGGUUACAUCAUCCACUUUUGACCAUCCUUGAUUGUCCAAUACAAACUCACAGAUGGGAUCAGCAUCAAAACUGCAGUCUAAUCCUCGGUUUAAAAAUGCUCAAGUUUAAUUCUAAACUUUUGUCAGGCAAUUCUGCAAGAUAAUGCUCUUUCAGAGCAGCACUAAACACUACAAACUACAAAAAUACUUAGCAUGAACAAUGACAUUUACAGUCAUUCUUUAAGUAGAUGCUUUAUCCAAAGUGACUUACAGAUGAGGAAUACUACAAUACAAGCAACAAUUAUGCAGAGUGAUGAAUAAUCUUGCAUGCAGCAUUAUUUGUUCAGAAAAAAUACCAAAGUGUAGUAUGAGUACAGUCUUAUUUAAAAAUGGAUCCGAGCGCAUUUGAUCUGUAACUUGACCUGAACCUGCCUCUGUAGAGAC